GGUGGAUGUCGCAUAACCAACAGAGGCAGAUGCCCCAGUAGGGUUGAGGGUUGUGUCCACUCGAGGCUGGACCCAUUGCUCGCGAAUCGGGAUGGCGUGGAGAGCUCUGAUUUACAAGAGAGUUAGCGCAAACCACCCCCCCCGGCUUGCUGCCGACCAAGAUGACGGGGUUUACAUGGACCAUACGACACCUAAAACAGCUUGGGGGGAGCUGCGCCUUCCCGUCAUCAAAAAUCCCGUCCCCGUCUCGGGAUCUCUUCCUUAGUUCUCACGCAAUCCCACCUUGUCGUCGCAAACACCAACACGCGCGAGUUUGUCUCUCUCUCUCCCGCUCUCUGCCGCCUCCAUCGAACCCAGCGAUAAGCCUAUGACCGUCUCAUCGAGGUAGCCUCACAAGCCCGGGCAGGCCUAAUAUCUGCAAGGAUGUUUGGCUCCCGAAGGCAUCCUCGGCCGCCCAAUCUGCCCUUGACAGCGGCGACUGUUGAUCCAAAUGCUGCCACGGCUGCUGCUGCCGUCUUCAAACGCCAUGAGUCCAACUCUACAUUAUCAGCUGCCGCUGCCGCCGCUGCUCUUCGCGCGCGACCCAUGACGCCAACACGAGUGGCCGACGUGCAAACAAAACGAACCCUACGCCGCAGCGCAUCGGUCGCCUCAUCGUCGCGAACGGAAUCACCAAUAACACAAGGCAGACCGAACCUGCAACGGCGCGGAAGCAGCGGGUCCAUGACCGAGCGAACGUUUCGAAGUCCAAGUCCACAUCGACCCGGUGGUAGCGGAGGACAUCGACAGACGCAAUCGCUCAGUCACGACGCCCCUCCCGUCCCAGCCCUCCCAAAAGAUAUCGGCGCGUCACCACAAACCCAGCAUCGCAAAUCCAAAAGCCUAGGAAUGGGGACCACCCCUGUACGACUUGCGUCUCAGAGACUUGGUUCAGAAGAUGCGCCGUCUUGGUUUGGGGCGGCCAAGGUCGGCGACCCUUCCAAUAUCCGUAGGACGGAUCCUGCUAUGGCCAGCCCUCCAUCAAGCCCACCACAGAUCCCACGACAAGAGCAAGAGAUGGUGUCUGAGAUUGCAAGGCCUGAUAGUCAGGCGUCGUCGAUAAACUUCUCCUACCCAACGCGAACGAGAGUUGGCUCUCCCCCAGUGUCCCCCACAGAAGCGCCUGCUUCUGUCGGUAGUUCGGCUCGUUUCAGCCUUCCGGCAUCUGCUGUGGAGGCCGGGUCGGCUGCGCAGAUGUCGCGAACCAGAGAGCAACCGGCCCGUCAAGCACUGGUGGCGAGUCCAAGAACUCGGUCUACCUCGAAUCCCGCCCCCGACGAAAUUUUGGUUUAUGACCCCAACUCGAGACGCAUGGUCCCACGAUCAGAGCUGCAUCCGGCACAUCAUGAAGCCCCCCAGCAACGCACCGACUCGAAAAGGAAAAAGAGGACAUCGCAAAAAGCUGGAUCACAUCUCGCCGCAGGGACAGUGAGCCGUCUGAAAGGUACAGCGGUCGACAAUUCUCCAGCGACCAAGAACCAAUCACAGAUCACGCCGGCCCCCGUCCAGGAGCGCAUCCAUGUGCCCCAGCCGUCAGUAUACGUGCAAGAUCUCGAGGAGCCAUCGGUCAAAGCCAUCAUCAGCUCACCAAGAUUGGAUGCGAAGAGGCUUGAGCAACAUGGCCCUCCACCAAUGACCCCAUCCAGCCCUCAGGUCAGCAAGGAGGCGACUUGGCAAGGGGUCAGGAGACAGCCUUCGGUCGUUAGGGAGGAAGCGGAGCCCGAAGAGCCAAAGCCAAACCACAUCUCAACAAGCUCUUUGACACAGGCCCUAGAUUCUGUUCCAACACGGCCAAAAACGGUUUCCACACCGGAAUCGAGGGGAUCACCUUUCACACAAGUGAUGGAUGCAGUCCCAACAAGGCAAAAGACGUACCCAAAUACUGAGCUCGAGGUCCCCUCUGUCGAAAUAUCGAAGCCAACCAGUCCAAGCCCCGUACGAGGUGGUCGUUCGCCAGUUGACACGAGACGGGCUCAAGUCGCACAUGAACGCAGUCACUCUAAUAGCCCUGUUCGACAAGCACACUUUGGGCCGGUCCAGGAAAACUUGACAGUUAAGCACUCGCCUCCUCCUCGGUCGAUCUCGCCGCGCAAAUCAGCCCUUAAGCACUCGAGCCCCUCGAGAGGCGCGUCGCCUUCGUCGUCCGAGGCAUCUGUAAGCGGCAAUCAUGAGCCACCUGUUGGGCGCAAGAAAUCCGUGCGUGUCAGUUUUGACGAUGCUAAAGAUGCUGUGAGCCCUUCGCCGGACAACCGCGCCACGUCACCGCUCUCCGCCAGUCCUCCAGAGGCCGGCCGUCAGCGAUACUUUGGCCUUGUCAAGAAAGACAUUCCAUCUUUGGAUGAUGAUGAGAUUAUGAAGCCCCGGCCUGCGUUGCCGAGCUUCGGAAGCAUUCGAGAAAGGAAGCCCCGAGAUGCACAACCGGAGGAGGAUGCGGAACGACCGCUUGUUCGGCCGAACGCGGAGACAACACAUGCUUCUACGGGACCUUCAGCGACAGGACUUCUUCCCAGUCCAUCACUGGGCUCCAGCAAUGACCACGCGCUGGGUGGAAUCUUUUCCCAAGAAUGUGACGAGGGCCGUACACAUACUGCAAAUAUCUCGAGGCUCAGGGAACCUCUGCCUCCUGUUGUAACUAGCGUCGAGGGCGGUGGGUACAUCAGCGACACGGACAGCGACAGCUCUCUGGCUACCACUCAGUCGGAACACGAGCCGGCCGAGGUCUCCAGCCGUGACUUUGCCCCUCGGCAGCCACUUCAGACUCAAUUUGAACUGUCGAACGGCUCAGCCAGCCCACAAAGCAUCCCUACUGCUGUUCGGCAGGCCUCGGUCAACUCAGCACCGAAGCAAGAAGUUCCACAUAUAGCUGUCAUUCAGCCGACACCACCUGCGAUGGCUGAGGAUAAGUCACUCAGGGAAGAGCUCUUCGACGUGCCGGGAGGCUUCCCGGAGGAUGAGUCCGAUCAGUCCGUUCCUCAGCGGCCUGCGCCCGCCAUGGUCGAGGUCCCGGAAAGUCGGCCGGCAGUUCAGCCUUCGACGCAAACCAUCUCUUCAGCUGUUCACGAUACUACUGAUUCCGAAAGCAGCAUCUAUAGCGAUGCGUGUGAGGACCUUUCCGAUAUCGAGGGCAGCGGCUUCUUGUCGCUCGAUGCCGUGGUGGAAAGCCCACUCCGACCGGAUCCCAGCUCUCGCCAGCAUCCGAAAGAGCUACAUGCGACCGAAAAGCCCGUCGAGGCAACGCCCAAACUCCAGACCGAGAUAUCGACAGCCACGACUGCCGUUGAGACCCCACACGCAAGUCCGCCUGCGAGUCCACCCACAGAGAGCCCGCAGGAUGAGUGGGAAAAGGUGAAAGCAUACUGGCGAAGUCUCAGUGCGGAGAAGCGAGCACAGCUGGAAAAGGAGGCACGAGAAGAGGCCGGGGUCGAGGCCGAUCUGGAUCAGGUGCCAUCUGAACCGAAGCCAAAAAAGAAGAAAUCGAUUGAGAGAAGGAGUUCAGAGCGCAAGGCGUUGGCCUUGCACAUGGCACAGCAGGUGGCAGUCCAGCACCAAAGAGAGCAGGAGAAAGCUGUGACGAAUCCCGAGCGCAGUUAUAUGAUCAAGCCUGGGACGAAGUGGACCGAAGAGGAAGCUGCCAUCCCGACAACCAUGAGGAAGACUCUGCGCAGCGAACCUCAGCAACAGUCUGCUCCUACCCAAGGUCCCCGUCUGCGCAAAUCACUGCGAUCAAGCAGUGCCGACACCAGGAGGUCUGACACCAGACCCGCGGACAUGAGUCCAGCUAGGCACCCAGCACCGAGUGCUGCUGCUGCGGCAAGCUCUGCAUCUACUGAGAGCCAGCGACGGGCAGCGGCAAGCCCCCCUGUCACGGCUGUCCCGACAACAUUGAAACGCCGCGGCUCUAGUGGUAGUGAAAGCAGCUUCAAGAGGUCGAGGCCGAGAAGCGGGUCGGCCACCGGUUUCCGCAUGACCAUGAGAGCGACUUCGCCACCUACUGACCUGCCGUCGAAGAGGUUUUCGAUGACAUCUGUGUCCUCCAAACAAAGUGUGGAAGUUCCAGCUCCGAGCACUCAGAUGCGUAGAACAUUACGCGACUCGUCUACUGAGGGAAGAAGGAGUCCGAGCGGGAUGCGUAUGCCAAGUUUUGGAAAGAAGAGUGGUGCCAAAGUUACAAAGAAUAAGUCGGGGAACAAGUUUUCCAGUCGCUUCGCCGACUCGAGUGAUGAGGACGGAGGGGCCAGUGGCUUCCAAAGUCGGUUUGAAGAUUCUAGCGAUGAAGACGAUAUCGCCCCGGCGCCGCUCCCCCCAUUGCCAAAGUCUAAGUCGGCCCCUAACGGGGUAGGUGUUGGCCGUGGUUCUGUGGCCAGCACGGCCUUGUUGGAGGAGCUCGAGGAGUCAGAGGAGACACCGGCUGUCAAGGCGAAUGGGACAACCAAACCAGCGGUCUCGAGCCCGGGUGGCCAGCCUCCCUUGACGGUGGACACCUCUCUCCGCCGUGUCCGCUCUGGCAAGGGUAGCAUCCUUCGCACUUCUCAGACUGCCCCUGCACUGGGAGCUGAGACAGCCUCUCCUGUCUCAGGGGCCGCCCCAUCCGCCGAUGGCAAACGUGCCGCGACUCGUCGCAGCAGUCUGAUGUCUGUCCUCCGCCGCAAGAAGCAUGAUUCCUCCUCUGGGGGAAUCGCCCGCAGCAGCAUGGACAGCCCGGCGAGGAGGGACACCAAACUCGAGCGCAACGCCAGCCAGCUCAAGGCUGCCAGAGAGCAGGAUGUCUCGCCCACAGUGGAGGAGCCACCCGCUGCCGAGGGCGAGCCGGAGCCUGAACCAGCGGUAGUUCAGACCCCGCCACCGCAAAGAAGCCCCAAACUUCAAAAGAGGAUGGGGAUCUUCGGACACAGUCACAGUCAGAGUCAGCAGCAGCCUCCGCCGCCCAGGAUGCAGAUGCCACUGGAUGAUGACGGGCCAAAGAGACCUUCUACAAGUGGGAAUUUGGGCACUCGGACGUUGUCUGGUGGAAUCGGGGGUGGAAAUCUCGGGACGGGUCUGGUGCAGCAUCAGUUGCAGCAGCGGACGGCUUUUUCGACGGGUGCUCCGAGCGUGGACGGGAGUAGCGUCACUGGUACCGCGGAUGGGGGCACGCCGAAGAAGAAGAAGAGGUUUAGGGGGCUGAGGAAGAUGUUUAGGCUUGAUGAGUAGGGUUGUUGAUGCCCAGAAGGGAACAAAUUGUAGGAUAUCAUCAGGGUUGGGUACUUUUGGAUGGAAAAACGGGAACUCUAGGGAAGUAAAGAGAAGGACACGGAAAAAGUAUACUUGGCAACGAGUACUUAUGAGUAUGCAUACAUACCAUUUACUUACCCGCCCGCGCCCCUCCCCCCUUGCGCACACAAGAUGGAGAGAAAGAGAGGAGUAAUAAUGGAUAAUGACGGGAAGAUUUGGGGGGGUUGGAAAGGGGCGAUCGAUCGUUUAAGCCUGGGAGGCGUGCAUAAACUAGUUGGGGAAAGUUGGGUUUGGAGGAGAGCAAACAAAAGUGUUACUAUACUAUACCCCUUUGCACCGAUGGAUUCCUAAUUCUUUUUUUGGGGG